AUGUCUGUCAUUGUCACUGUCAGUGUCAGUGUCACUACCAUCACUACCACUGCCACAGUCAUUGUUGUCAUUGUCCCUAAUCACCACAAGUCGCCGCAAGCGUCACAGCGCCGUUCCAGAACAAUGGUCAACUCUGAAACAGCCGCGCGAGAGGCUUGUGCAGUGUCUUUGUGCUUUGUGGGGACCUCCCUCAAUCACGCCCACGGACAUCUGGGGUCCCUGCCACUUGUCACCCUGACCUGGGCCAGCCAUUCACUUCACCUCCCUCUCCCUAAAGAAAAAGCCAUGAGCUGCAGUAUUCAACCAACUCAAAAAGUCCGCAUCAAGAAUAUAGUUCACCUCCUGCACUCACGGCCCGCAGCUGUUAUUGCUCCGGAGCCUGCAAGUGCAAGGUACUUUUCACAUUCUGCACUGCUGCACCUCCUUCACUUCCAAUCGGCAAUCGCGACCGUUUGCUCCACAGCACCACAUUAG